AUGAAGGAGAAGAAGAAGAAGAAGAAGACCGAGAAGAAGGUUUUGACAGAGGCCGAAUUCCUCAGUCAAUGGGAAGAUAACGAUCGUUCGGUGGACACCAUUUUCCUUCCUCGCAGUCGUGGUCCGCUCGGUACGCCAGCUGAGUGUGAGUUCAUCCUAGGUCGCAAUCGAAACGUCGAUCUGAAACGAGUCAACAUUGCUAUCAACGGCAAAGAGCUGCUGGCGUCCGCCACGCUCCGUCUCCAUGAAGGCAGACAUUACGGUUUGGUGGGUCGCAAUGGCGUUGGGAAAUCGACGCUUCUCAGCCGAAUGGCUCGUUCGAUGAUCGAUGGCUUCCCUGAUUACCUGAUGAUUCUCCAUGUGAAGCAGGAAGUGAUGGGGAAUGAUGUGAACGUGCUGGACUCCGUGAUUACCAGCGAUAAGGAGCGAUUAAACCUGCUCGCUGAACACGACGAGCUGACCGCCAAACUGGAGAGUGCGGACACGGAGGAAGCGAAGAAGGGCAAGGGAAGCAGCGUGGAGGCGAUCGUGACGCGUCUGCAGGAGAUCGACGAUCGCUUAAAGGACAUCCAGAGCGACACUUCCGAGCAGCGUGCUCGCGAGAUUCUGAAGGGUCUCGAGUUCACCGACAAGCAGCUCACGAUGCCCACCAAGAUGCUCAGCGGAGGCUGGAGAAUGCGUGUGGCCAUCGCCUGCGCGCUGUUCAUCCAGCCCGAUAUCCUGCUUCUGGACGAGCCGACCAAUCAUCUGGACCUGGACGCCAUCAUCUGGCUGGAGGACUACAUCCGACACUACCCGCGAACCACGAUCGUCGUGAGCCACGACCGCGAGUUCUUGAACGGCGUGUCGGAAGAGAUCAUCGAGUUCAUCAACCACGAUCUCAAGUACUGGCCGGGCGACUACAACUCGUUUAUGAAGGCCAAGGAGGAUCGUCGGAGGAUGAUGGCCGCGAUGCAGGAGGAGCUCGACGAGAAGCGGCAGGACAUCCGCGAUCAGAUCGCGCGGCUGCAGCAGCAGCAGCGAAAGAACAAGAAGGCGGAUUUGGGCGGAAUGAUUCGCUCGCGCGAGUCCAAGCUGAACAAGGUCGGUCUGGAGAAGACGCUGGACGGAAAGAAGUGGAACUGCCAGCUCCAUGGAGUCCGUCUGGGCAGCAUCAACGCCAACGACGGCGGCUGGGUGAAUGGAAAGCGAAGCGCGGGCAGCGUGAUGGAGUACCAAGAGCCUCCGGUCAAGUUCACGAUCGCGCCCUGCGAGCCCAUCAACUACAACGGACCGAUCCUGCAGCUCUCCAACGUGACGUUCACCUACGAGGGCACGAACAAGCCUAUCUUCGAGAACGUCACCUUCCAAGUCGAGAUGGGCAGCCGCAUCGCGCUGCUCGGACCCAACGGCAUCGGCAAGUCCACCUUCCUCAGCGUGCUGAACUCCACGCUGGAGCCCCAGGCGGGAGAGAUCUACCGCCACCACAACCUCAAGAUCGGCUACUUCGCUCAGCACCACGUGGACGCGCUCGAAAACGUGCUCACGCCGCUGCAGCACAUGCAGAAGCUGGCGCCCCUCGCGAAGGAGCAGGAGCUGCGAGCGUUGCUGGGCUCGUUCGGCAUUACCGGCGCGUUGGCGGUACAGCCGAUCGGGACGCUGUCCGGAGGGCAGAAGUCGCGCGUGGUGUUCGCGACGAUCUCGUACAAGCGGCCGCACAUUCUGCUGCUGGACGAGCCGACGAACCAUCUGGACAUGGACACGAUCGAGGCGCUGGUGAAGACGCUGAAGGAGUUCAACGGAGGAAUCGUGGUGGUGACGCACGACCAGUACUUGGUGGAGGAGGUGUGCAAUACGCUGUUCGUGAUCGAUGAAAAACAUCACAUCAACCGCUUUGAGGGACAGUUCCGCGACUAUAAGCGAUAUGCGUUGAAGAAUUACCAUCUUAUCGCUCCCGAGGAUGAUGAAGAUGCUCUUGAGACCAAUUCCUAGAGCUUUU